AUGAAAAUAAUUUAUAUCUUAUUAUCAAUUGUUUAUCUAUGUAAGGCAUAGAUAAAAACAGCAUUUUGUGAUGAAUAUAUUGAAUAUGAUGUGGAUUAUUUUGGAAGAUUUGUUUCGAAUGCUAAGCUUUCAAAUGUUACAGAUGCCAUCUUAGCUGAAAAAAGAGUUCUUAUUAUUGAUGAUAAUCUUAAUGUAUUAAGUUCAAUACCUAAAACUUAAAAUCAUAACUGCUAAUGGAUAUUCAAAUAGAGCAGUGAUACUUUUUUUGUUGGAUGCUAAAAGUAUGGAGAAUCCCCUUAUCUAAUUGCUUAUAAAAGUAUAAAUAAAACUCAUUAUGCAUAAUUUGGGGAUAUUGUGUAUUUCCCAAAUUUAAAUGAAACAGUUUUUAGAAUUACUGGAGCCUUAAAUACACUCUUUACAGUUUAACCCACGAAAGUAACAUUAUUCACUUUAGUAAUGUCAGCAUCAGAAUGGAGUAUUAAGACAACUCAAAAUGUUUUGGAUAAGAAUUAUUUUGCAAGGACUUCUGAAAUCAAUAUCACUAAUAUAGAUUUUGCACCUUAUUCACAAGAUAACUUAUAAUAUUAUAAAUUGAUUGUAGUUGAAUACAGUCUUGGAGCAUUUUGGGUAGAUUCUGUGGUAAAAAAUAAUAUACUCUCACCAUUUAAAACUGGCCUCAUUAAUCUAUAUUCAUUUUUUUAUUAUUCAUCUACACGCUAUUAUCAAGGAGUUUCCAUUCAUUCCACAACCUAAAAUGUAUCUUAACUCAUGUUUACUCUUUUUUAUAAUGGGAACACAGAUCUAAACAUCAAGGCAGUUUAUAUAUCACCUUCAAAUACAACAAUCACCUGGAAUUAUGAAUAUACUGGAAAUGGCUGGCCAUCAUGGAGAAAUCCAAUUACUUUAGGAAACUUAUAAGGGAUACUUCGUAGAAAUUCAUUAAAGUAAGGCAUUUUUAAUGUUUAUAAUAUCUAAAUCCCUUUUGCUUCAGAACAAACUGAAAAUAAUUCAGGUCUUGGUUCUGAGCCAGUAGAUAUUUUCACCUCUCCUCCAUAAGAAUUUGCUAUUAUUAUUUUAAUUCUGGUUAUAGAGUUGUGCAUAGUAUAGAAAAUAAUAAGUUAUAAAGUUGUGAUCUUUACAAUUAAUAGGUUAAGGUCUUGGAACUGCUUAAAGUAUAAUUACUGCUGUUAUAUCAGGAGUAUUUUGUUGCUACAGACUUUUCAAAUGUCACAGAUCAAUUAGUUGAUAUUGGUUAAGCAAUUGUGAGAGGAAAUUCAAUUAUUAUGUGGGAAUGUUUAGAUAAAGUUAAAGAUUGUCUGGAUAUAUUAACAAUACAAUCAUAAAUAAUUAAUUUAUAGAUAAUAUUUUAAUAUCUCUUUGUGCCUAAUAAUUGUGGUUAAAGGGUUUAUGAAAAAUUAAAAUUAUUUCUUAUUCUUUUUUUUUAUCAAAAAAAUCAUUAUUUUCCUACCAAUCAACACCAACUGUUGAGUAAUGAAAUAAAAGAAUUAGUAGCAGGAAUAUUCAAACCAUUUUUGCCAGAAGUUAUAGAAUUCUUGGUUGGAAAAAUAUUGAUGUAAGAUAUAAGAAUUGUGAAUGCCUUGAUCUUUUCAGGCAUAUUGGAAGUUUUGUUAGUGAUAUUAGGAGCAUUGUAAACAUGAAAAUUUAUUUUUAGCUACUAUAUAAUGGUUGAAACUCCAAACCAAUAUAAAAGAGCUUGAGAAUUAUUGCUAAAUUGGCUUUCUUUUUAGGAUUAAUUAUUUGGAUUGCAAUUUAUUGUAGUGGAAUUGGAUUAAAAAAAUUUCUUGAAAUAUUGCAUAUAGUUUAUUAAAACCCAUAAAAUGUAGAAAAUUAUUCAAAUGAUUUAUCAGAAUUUAUCUAAAAAGAG